AUGGCGGCGAAGCUGGAAGAAGCGAGCUCAGAGCUCUAUGAGCGCUGCACGAAUGCCGCCCUCAGCUCUCCAGAAGGUCGCGCCAAAAUCUUCGGCCAGGAUGAAUUGCUCAAGAUGGGAGUGGUGGAUAGUGCCCAGUCACUGCUGGAGCUGUUGCAAGGCUUGAUGGAUGCACAGUUGGUGCGGCUGAUGCAGAUGGAGGGCAAGAUUUGCUAUGCGCUGCGCACUAAGGAUGAUGCGGCCAAGUGCGNNAUUGUCACCCUCAACGAUGACGAACGCAUGGUCUACAAUCAAAUCGAAAACAGCGGUACCAAUGGCACCUGGACAAAGACGAUCAAGCAGCGCACAAACAUUCAUCAAACCACUGUCACAAAAGCCAUGAAGACACUCGAGGGCAAGAAGCUCGUCAAACCCGUCAAGUCGAUCAAGAAUCCUGCCCAGAAGAUUUACAUGCUAUACCACCUGAGUCCGAACGAGGAUGUCACCGGAGGACCAUGGUUCAGCGACGGCGAACUGGACGUCGAAUUGAUUGCCAUCACCGCAGAUGCCGUAAUCCACUUUAUCGCCCAAAACAGCUGGAAGACCGUCUACACCAAGCGCGAAGCUACUCCCGAAGCCGAUGGGAUCUCCAAAAAGAGGAAGAGAAAUGAUACAGCAGAUAUCGAAGGGUCACAUCCAAAGUCACGCAGAGCAGGCGGCUACGAAACACAAAUUUCCUACCCGGCAGGCUGGCGCGGUUAUCCUACAGUCUCUGCCAUUCAUCACUUCAUCACCGAAGCUGGAUUCUUGAAAGACAGUUCUGCGCUCGCCGAGUCUGAUCUCCAGAACCUGCUCGAUGUCUUGGUGUUUGAUGAACGCAUCGAAAGAAUUGGAAAUGGUUACAGAACCUGCAAAGGUGUAUUCGGAGCUACAGAAGCCAUGAAAAACAUCAUGCAGGGGAGACAAGUGGGAGAUGCGGUCGAAGAGGUUGAAGGAAACGGAUUGAGUCAGGCGCCUUGUGGCAGGUGUCCAGUCUUCAAUCUUUGUGAAGAUGGUGGCCCUGUCAAUGCGAAGAAUUGCGAGUACUUCCAGACUUGGCUGAGGGCUUGA